AAGUUAUUAUUAUAUUUACAAAUUAAAAUUAAAACAAUUUAUUUUAAAAUAAUGUAAACUUGCCCUGCAAAAUCUAUUUAUGAAUAAUUAGGUGGAUAAAAAAGUUUGGAAGCCCUUUCUAAAUAACUUUACGACAAAAUUCUUGCUGAUAAUAAAAUUAAACAUUUUUUUGUUAAUACUGAUAUUAAUCACUAAAUCAAAUAAUAAUGUGAUUUCCUUACAAUGUGUUUUGGGGGACCGAAUAAUUAUAAAGGAAAAACUAUGAGAGAUACACAUAGAGGAAUGGGGAUUACUGAUGAAGAAUUUAAUAUUGUCAUAUAACAUAUAGGAUAAAUAAUGUGUGAAAUGGGUAUUUAGUAAGAUUUAAUUAAAAAAUGUGCAGAUAUUGCUGAGACAACAAGAUGCGAUAUUGUUGGAUAAUGAAAUAAAUAUGACAUAUUUAAUUUUUAUAUAUUAUUAAAUCAUAAAUUUUUUU